AGUGCAUCAGAGAACUUUGCAGAAAAUGGAAGGCCUCCAGCAACUCCAAACGGGAAGUCUCCUGCCCUAAAGUGGCUGACCUUGUCCUCUCUUAUUGAUGCAUCCUCAAACAAAAUGACUGUCCUUAAAUAGGGGGGGAGAGAGGAAAAGGCAGCAGCAGCAGUCUAUUUCCUUCCAUUUUUUGGUAGAUCUAAAGAGGAUCGAUCAAGUUAUCGGCGGCUGCGAGCUAAGGGAGGAAGGGAGAGAUGGGCAGAGGGAAGAUCGUGAUCCGAAGGAUUGAGAACUCGACCAGCCGGCAGGUGACCUUCUCUAAGCGGCGCAAGGGUCUGUUGAAGAAGGCCAAGGAGCUCGCCAUCCUUUGCGAUGCCGAGGUCGGCUUUGUCAUCUUCUCCAGCACUGGCAGGCUCUACGAUUUUGCCAGCUCCAGCAUGAAAUCAAUAAUUGACCGCUACAGCAGGACAAAGGAGGAGAAUCAUCAAGUGCUAAAUGCAACUUCAGAAGUGAUGGCCUUCUCUACAAGCAGAUGUCUACGUCUCACUCGUUUGAUUGAAGAGAGCCUUUGUAGUGUCAGAGUGUCCCAACUGCAGCUUCCUGUCUGCCCCUCUCAACUCAACCAUCAAUCCAGUUCCAUCAUUUCGUUUUGGCAAAGGGAGGCAGCAAGCUUAAGGGAGCAACUGCAGAACUUACAAGAAAAUCAUCGGAAAUUGAUGGGCGAACAGUUGUCUGGCUUAAAUGUCAAAGAACUGCAAAAUCUAGAGAUCCAACUUGAAAGGAGUCUUCAUUGUGUCCAAAAGAAGAAGGAACAAAUUCUAACCGAUCAAAUUCAAGAAUUGGACCGAAAGGGGUACCUUCUUCACAAUGAAAAUAUUGAACUCUACAAGAAGGUAAACCUUAUACGUCAAGAAAACAUGGAGUUGCGUAAGAAGAUGUACGCAACAAAUGAGUUAAAUGGAGGAGCUAGUAAGGAUACACUUAAUCCAUAUGCUUUUUCUGUGAUUGAGAAUUCACAUGUAGAUGUACCUAUUCAUCUCGAGCUAUGCCAACCUCAACAGCAAACACAUGGAACACAAGCAACAGCUCCAAAGCUAGGUCCUUGCAGCAGACUUCAACUGCAUUAAGAAGAUGACCAGUGAUCAAAGUGUAUCAUCUAUGGUGCGCAUCAGCCCAACUGUCAAGACUUCUAUAGUUUGUUAUCAGCUAUAACAUGCAAUGUAUCGGUUAUCAAAUGCAAUGUAUGAACUAUGCUCAGCAAUCAUUUAUAUGUGGUGUGACAUGAUCUCAAAAAAAUAUCAUUACUCUGUAAAGCAAUCUUCCAACUAGGACUAUUAAUAAUA